CUGGACCACCAGCAGAUGCACCAUCCACAUGGGAGCAGGAAACCACACGGGAGUAUCACAGUUCCUCCUCCUGGGCCUCUCAGACAAUCCUGAGCUGCAGCCCCUCCUCUUUGGACUGUUCCUGUCCAUGUACCUGGUCACUGUGCUGGGGAAUCUGCUCAUCAUCCUGGCCGUCAGCUCGGACUCCCACCUCCACACCCCCAUGUACUUCUUCCUCGCCAACCUCUCCUUUGUUGACAUCUGUUUCGUCUCCACCACCAUCCCAAGGAUGCUAGUGAACAUCCAGACACAGAGCAAAGGCAUCUCCUACAUAGGGUGCCUCACUCAGGUGUAUUUUUUAAUGAUUUUUGCUGUAAUGGAUAGUUUUCUCCUGACUGUGAUGGCCUAUGACCGGUUUGUGGCCAUCUGCCUCCCCCUGCACUACACGGUCAUCAUAAACCCCCGCUUCUGUGGCCUCCUGGUUCUGAUGUGUUGGUUCAUCACUUUCUGGGUUGCCCUGCUUCAUAUUCUACUGCUGAGGCAGCUGACCUUCUGUACUGGCACUGAAAUUCCACAUUUCUUCUGUGAACUGGCUCAGAUUCUCAAGGUGGCCUGCUCUGACACCCUCAUCAAUAACAUCUUCUUGUUUGUGGCUACUGGCCUGCUGGGUGUGUUUCCCCUCACUGGAAUCCUCUUCUCUUACUCUCGAAUUGUCUCCUCUUUAAUGAGAAUCUCCUCUGCAGCGGGAAAAUAUAAAGCAUUUUCCACCUGUGGGUCUCACCUCUCUGUGGUUUCCUUGUUCUACGGGACAGGCGUGUGGAUCUAUCUCACUUCUGCUGUGACCCAUUCUCCCCAGAGAAGCUCCAUCGCCUCAGUCAUGUACACCGUGCUCACCCCCAUGCUGAACCCCUUCAUCUACAGCCUGAGGAACAAGGAUGUGAAGGGGGCCCUGGGAAGGCUCCUCAGCCGAGGUGCCCCUUGUCUGCGAUGGGCCACAGACCUCAGAACUAAGUGGACAUUGUGAGGCUCAAAGACAAAUGUUGUGAAUUUAAAUGUCUUGAUUCUUUUUUGACCCUAAAAGACAUGCUUCAUUUCUUCUAUUCUCAAAGCACCUAUGACUUUUAUUUGUUUUUGUAUUAGUUUCUCCUCAACACCCUCCUCAGUAAUUCAUUUUUAACUUUUGCUUCCUAUUUGCAGACCAUACAUUUCUAUCUUGGGCCAGCUUUCUUAUAGCCAUUCUUGCAAUUUCCAACAUUACAUCUGAAGCACUUAUAUUAAAUGUGGCAUGAUUUCCCACCACGGUUAUCCUCUCAAAUACCGAUAUUCUUCACCUAAUUUGCUUGUGUGUUUGUUUUUCUCUGGAAGCAAUGGAAUGAAAAUCAUGCAGUAGUCAUAACCAAACUGCUUCACAUACCAAGACUGUUCUUAUUGUUUUAUGUGUAUAUUUUAUGUAAUCUUGACAACAUUUUUAAAGGUAUUUCUCUCAUUUACCCCAUUUUUCAAAGAGACUGAGAUUGGGAUGGACUCUGACCUGGAAACCUGACAUUGAGCCCACAUUCCCAACUUUGCUGUCAUGCUUUUCCUGAAAAGAGUGAUGUGAUUUUCAACUUCAACAGUGGGAACUUAGGUUUGAAAGCUAGUUUGUUCAGGGGAUUCAUAGUAAUAUAUUGCAUCGGGUAACUCUGAGAUAUUGCUUCAUUCUUUGCCUUCCUUCCUCCUUCCUUCUUUCCCUUCCUCUUUCCUUUGUUUUAUUGGACAUUUAUUUCCCAUCAUCACUGCAGUUUUAAGAUAUACCCCAAGAUCCUAAAACAUCUAAUAAUGAAUACAAUAGAAUAAAACUUCUUUGCUCACAUGGAUUAUUCUGGGGGCAGGGCACUCUUUGGAGGUGCCAGCAGGAGUGGUAGUCACACACCUGUGGAGUGUUUUCAGAACUUAGUCCACUUUUUGAGAAUAUUGAUACAAUUGAGUCUGCAGUGAAGGAUGGAAUGGUUGAAGCUGUCAGCACUUCCCCUACAUUCCCUGGGAUCCCUUCACCAUCCCCACCAGCCUGACUGCCACUGUCAGCACCAGGUGGAACCUACUUUUCCCAACGCGUGACGGCAGACCUGACGGAGAAUUAUGCCCCACAAGGAACAGUUCUUGAUGGACAGGUGUGGGGUGUACCAUCUUCUUCACCCCUUAGCUGGAAUAAUUCUGAAGUUUGGAUUUUGUGCCAUUUUCCCUAACUUCCCUACAGGAUGAAAAUUCUGCUCACUCCUGUGGGAGCUGACUUAAGCUUUAUUGGAUGUAUUUUCUGCCCUGUAUAUCUUCCCUUUUCUCUAACCCAUGUUCCAUGGUCCUUGUUCCUUCAAAUAAACAGCUUGCAUGUGAAUCCUUGGCUCAGCAUCUGCUUCUGGGGAACCAAAGCUGAGACACGUGAUAAAGACUGUGAAGAGUAUCCAAACAAUACCAUGAAUGGAACUAAGGACUUUGAGGGGCAAAAACAGCAAAAACAAAAUAAAACAGGUAGUGGGUAUGUACUAAGAUCUUCAAAUUACUGGAAAAUUAUAAUUUCUUAGUGAAGAAAAACAU